GCGGAGCGACGCAGGGACGACAAGGCGCAGAGAGAUAAACCCACUCUGAAAUCACCAGGGUCGGGGAUAAAAAUAGUCAAAAGCCGCCGUCCCGCUUCCACCGAACACUGUUUAUAUUUCAUCACUUCAUCAAAGAGAGGGAGGCCAGCCCAGGAUGAACGGCGAGUCAGGUGCCGGGGUGGUGACGGCCCCCCCUCCCACCACAGCCCCCCACAAGGAGCGGUACUUCGACCGGGUGGAUGAGAGCAGUCCGGAGUACCAGAGGGAGAGAAACAUGGCACCCGACCUGCGGCAGGACUUCAACAUGAUGGAGCAGAGGAAGAGGGUCUCCAUGAUACUACAGAGCCCGGCAUUCUGCGAUGAGCUGGAGACAAUGAUCCAGGAUCAGCUGAAGAAGGGAAAAACGCCCACUAGCCUGUUGGCUCUGCAGCAGAUCGCAGACUUCAUGACCACCAGCAUGCCUUCCAUGUAUCCCGCUGCACCACAAGGAGGCAUGGCGGCGCUCAACAUGAGUUUGGGCAUGGUGACUCCAGUGAAUGAUCUGCGUGGCUCAGACUCAAUUUCCUACGACAAAGGCGAGAAGCUGCUUCGCUGCAAGCUGGCUGCCUUUUAUCGGCUUGCAGACUUGUUCGGCUGGUCGGAGCUCAUCUACAACCACCUCACAGUCAGGGUGAACUCAGACCAGGAGCGCUUCCUCAUUGUCCCUUUUGGCCUCCUGUACAGUGAAGUCACUGCCUCCAGUCUGGUGAAGAUAAACCUUCAAGGUGAGAUAGUGGACCGGGGAAGCACCAAUCUCGGGGUGAACCAGGCCGGCUUCACACUCCACUCUGCCAUCUACGCCGCACGACCUGAUGUUAAGUGUAUCGUACAUGUACACACACCCGCGGGUGCUGCGGUGUCAGCCAUGAAAUGUGGUCUGUUGCCCAUCUCACCCGAGGCACUGUCCCUAGGUGAGGUGGCCUACCAUGACUACCACGGCAUUCUGGUGGAUGAGGAAGAAAGUACUCUCAUACAGAGGAACCUCGGGCCUAACAGCAAGGUGCUCAUCCUAAGGAACCAUGGCUUGGUGUCCGUUGGCGAAACAGUGGAAGAAGCUUUCUAUUACAUCCACAAUGUGGUCACCGCCUGUGAGAUCCAGGUGCGAACACUGGCCAGCGCUGGAGGGCCAGAUAAUCUGGUGAUGCUGGACCCGGGGAAGUACAAGGCACGUUCACGGGUCCCGGAGCCAGCUGGCGACGGGUCCUCCGCACACCCCAAGUGGCAAGUCGGGGAGCAGGAGUUUGAGGCUCUCAUGAGAAUGCUCGACAACUUGGGCUACAGGACAGGCUACCCUUACCGCUGCCCGUCAUUGCGAGACAAAGCUAAAAAGUACAGUGACGCGGAGAUCGCUUCCUCCGCCCACGGUGGUUACUCAUACGGCGAGGACAGUGACUCAGGUGCUCGCUCCCCGCUGAAACACAGCUUCCAGCGCGGCCAGCGUGACAAGACCCGCUGGCUCAAUGCCGGCGGCCGGCCCGACGAGCCCUGCGAGGACGGGCCCGACGGCAGCAGCCCCAAGUCGAAGCCUAAGGUGUGGACGAACAUAACACACGAUCACGUCAAACCCUUGCUGCAGUCUCUCUCGUCUGGUGUCUGCGUGCCAAGCUGUAUAACCAACUGCUUGUGGACAAAAGAAGACGGACUCCGCCAGGCUGCUGUAGCCAAUCAGUUCAUCCCAAUGAACACCAACCCUAAAGACGUCCUGGAAAUGAGGAAUAAGAUCCGGGAGCAGAACCUGCAGGACAUAAAGACAGCAGGGCCCCAGUCUCAGGUUCUGUGUGCCGGCACCGUGGUGGAACGUUCCUUUAACCAGGGGGAGCUAGUGACCGCGUCCAAGGCCAUCAUCGAAAAGGAGUACCAGCCCAAGGUUAUCGUCAGCAAGCAGGGUCCCAACCCCUUCACCAAACUCACCGACCAGGAGCUGGAGGAAUACCGCAAGGAGGUGGAGCAGAAACAGAAAGGACCUGAAGUGCAGGAACGAGGCAAUAGUAGGGAGGGGUCAGCCUCCAGCGUACCCUGUCCGGAGCCUGAAACGUUACCGGAGGGUCAAGCCUCUGUCUCCGCACCUCUACAGUCUGCAACGGACUCACCCAGCUUAGAGAAAGCCCUGCAUCCAACUGCCCCACCCGUCACACCCGCCACACCGGCCUCUGAGCAGGGCUCUGCUGAGGGGGUUGUAGAUGACGUUUUUUCCACCACGGAUGAGCCUCUUUCAGCUCCAGAUUCCCCACAAAAGGAGUUCCACUGCGCUGUGCUGCGAGCCCUCAGCAAGGAGCCAUCAGUGGUAGAGGCGGCCGAGGCGGCCGAGGCGGCUGAGGCGGCUAAGGCAGAUCAGGCUCCAGACCCGGAGGAGCUAGUAGAGCCUGAGGAAGAGUCCAAAGGCCAGAAACCAACCACCACACCACCCAGCACCCCAGUCAGAGCAGAGGAAGAGUCCUUGCCAGAACAAACCUAUAAGGAUGAGAGUGACGCAGCCACCCUGAGACAGACCCUUCCAGAUUUAACACCUGAUGACCCCUCCGAUGCCCCAGCACUUCCUGCCGAAGAGCCCGCCUCUGCCCCUGCCGCCGCAGAUGCAGACGCAGCUGAGGGGGAGGAACCCGCUGACGCCGGUGACCAGGAGGGUGAAGAGUCUCCCAGCAAAUCACCCUCCAAAAAGAAGAAGAAGUUCCGCACUCCUUCCUUCCUAAAGAAAAACAAAAAAAAGACAGAAUCCUAGAAUGUUGGAUCGGUCCUCAAGGCUGGCCUCUGCCUCCUUUUCAUUUUCGCUUUUUGUCUGCUAUCAUUGCACCCUUCGAGCAAGCCACAGUUACAUACAGUUAUGCUUUUUGUUGUUUUGAUAUCAUUUGUCGCUGGCUUAUUAACCUAUUUUUCCUCGUUAGCGUGUGCCAAUUUUGUAUACAGUGUAAAAAUGAUUGAUUGCAUAAAGGUUUUUAAUUAUUAGA